UUUUUCACAUUUUCCUCUUAAAGAAUUGACAGAUAAAAUGCUAUAUAAAAUAUAUUUAUUCAACAGGUUUGUGAAAAAAAAAUUCGCUAUCAAAAAACAACCUAUAAAAUACAAAUGUAAAAAAUAUAUUUUGCAGCACAUCAGCGAGUUGUGCUAUUGAAUAGUUAAUCUUUUUGGCUUGAGUGUGUUGACACGUAAGCCCUGUGAGCCAAACUCCACACUCAAAAGGAUUUUCCAGGCGUGUGCGUCCAGAAACGGCAGCAGUGCGUCAAUAUGUUGAACAUCAGCGAGCUGCUUCUGUGUCCUCUCACCUAUAACCGUUCCGAUCAUCUCCUCCAGCCUCUCUGGAACCAUCUGCUUGUUCACCACCGGCAUCUCAUCUCAUCUCCUCUAUUCCCGGUCCUGCUCGCUUUUUCCAGCUACGUCAUUUUCAGCACACCUUUUGCAGUUAUGGACCUGCUGGGAGAAAGAGUGUCUUUGUUUCACAAGUUCAAGAUCCAGCCAGGAAAGCGUCCCACGCUCAGAAUGAUGGCGAGGAGUUUCCGGAUGAGUCUUUUUAACCACGUUUUCUUUGUCCUGCCGAGUGUGGUGAUCAGCAUGUUCAUCUUACCUCUGCCAGCGUUGCCUCAGGAAGCUCCGGCGCUCCGCGAGGUUUUUGUGGACGGCUUGGCUCUUCUUCUCCUCUUUGACACCCAGUACUACAUAUGGCACGUUGUACACCACAAACACGUGCAGUUGUACCACUACAUCCACGCCAUUCACCAUGAAUACUCCGCUCCCUUCUCCUGGUCCACCGAGCAGCUCAGCAUCCCAGAAUUGAUGACGGUAGGACUCUGGAGCAACCAGGACCCCAUUCUGCUUAAGUGUCACCCUCUCACCACUUGGUGCAUCACGGUGCUUAGUAUCUGGAUGUCUGUGGAGGAUCACAUUGGCUAUGACCUACCAUGGGGCCUCAAUCGCCUUGUGCCCUUCGAUUUGUUGGGAGGAGCGCCUGCUCAUGACAUGCACCAUCAGAGACCAAACAGAAAUUACGCUCCCUUUUUUAGCCACUGGGACAGAAUUUUUGGGACUGCUGUCCCACUCAGGAAAAAACGAUGACAUGUAAAUAUGUUGUGUUGUACAGUAUAAGCAUUCGUGGGUUUUACUACACAUAUACAGUGUGUGUGUGUGUGUGUGUGUGUGUGUGUGUGUGUGUAUAAAAUUAAAUAGAAUGCAGUGAAUAUUAAUCAGUGCAUUAUGAUUAUUUCAUUGCAGCAAUUUCUGGUGGGUGCAAUUUGGUCACCAGGUGGGGCAGGAUAAUAGUUAUGCAGACAAUGUAGCAUUCCACUCGACCACUGCUAGUGACUCAAUAAUAUUAGUCAUCUUUUUGGGGAGGAUAAAGAAUGCUUGUGAGUAUUGUUAUAUCGCAGCAUUUGUGGUCUAAUCUAAUAUAG